GAGGAUGGGGAGCCUUUGGAAGCACAGUCGGGCUUGGUGGGUCGCCAAGCAGCUUCUGAGUUGACAGUGGGCGAUGGAGCGACUUUUGAGUCGACUCAAGAGUUGACAGUGGGCGAUGGAGUGGUGACACUGGAAGAUAGCGAGUUGUUGGUAGCACAGGCAGGUGGGGUGUUGGCAGCACAGAGAGAUGCGACGCUAGAAGCAGCGAGGCGGGGAGUGCAGUAGCAGCGGAAGCUGUUGAAAGGGAAGAGGCGGGUGCGAGCAGGGGAGGAUGUGGAGCCUUUUGUAGCACAGACUGGCUUUGUGGGUACGCAAGCAGCUUCUGAGUUAAGUGUGGGAGACAUGGCAGCAGCAGAGGCACGUGGGUUGUUGGAAGCACAGGGAGAUGAGACGCUAGCAGCAGAGGCAGGUGGCAUGUUGGCAGCAGAAGGGGAGAGCGACGAGUGGAGUGAUGUGGGGUCCGGUGUGGGUGAGUGGGAGGAGGAUGGGCGGUCCGGAGGAGAGGAGAGUGAAGGAAGAAGGAUGGUGAUGUGGAGAGAGAUGAGGCCGAGAAGCAGGAGGAGGAUGUUGAGAGAGAGGAGGUCGACGAGGAGUGGGGGGGAGAUGGAUGCCAGGGAAGGAGUCCUUGGCAGCAAAGAGCAGGAGGUGGUGCGAGCAAGCAGCACACUAGUGGCAGAAAGUGUGGGAGGAGACGGCAAUCUGCGUGCUGAUGAGAGGCGUGGGGAUGAGGUGACUUUUGAGUCAACUCAGCAGUCUCCUCGGCGUGUGGGUGAGGAGGACAAGGGGCAGGGUCGUGAGGAGCUGGAGGUUCUGCAGACGUCAGUUGAGGAGGGGGAUGCAGAAGGGAGUGGAGUGGAGUAUGAGAGAAGGAGCGAGAGCGAGAAUGAUAGGGAGCAGGCGAAGGAGAGUGAGGGUGAGAUGGAGAGUGAGGGUGAGAUGGAGAGUGAGGGUGAGAGGGAGAGGGAGGGUGAGAUGGAGAGUGAGGGUGAGAUGGAGAGUGAGGGUGAGAUGGAGAGUGAGGGUGAGAGGGAGAGGGAGGGUGAGAUGGAGCGGGAGAGUGAGAGAGAGAGCAAAAGCGACACUGAGAGUGGGGGAAAGAAAGAAGAUGACAGUGAGAGGGGAAGUGUGAGUGUGAGUGUGAGUGGGAGUGAGAGUGAGAGCAAAAGGGACAGUGAGAGUGAGGUAGAGAGCGAAGGUGACAGUGAGAGGGGGAGUGAGAGUGCGAGUGAGAGGGAGAGCAACCAGGAUGGUGAGAGUGAAGGGGGGAGUGAGAGUGAAAGUGAGAGGAGGAGUGAGAGCGGAAGAAGUAAUGAGAGCAGAAGAAGUAGUGAGAGCAGAAGAAGUAGUGAGAGCAGAAGAAGUAGUGAGAGCAGAAGAAGUAGUGAGAGCAGAAGAAGUAGUGAGAGCAUGAGUGAGAAAGAGAGUGAGGUAGAGAGCAGGAGGGAGAGUAACAUGGGCAGUGAGAGUGAGGGGGAGAGUGCAAGUGAAAGCGAGAGGGCGAGUGGAAGGGACAGUGAGAGUGAGGGAUGGAGUGAGAGUGGGGGAGGAAGCGCAGACGAGCAGUUGAGGAAUGAGAGAGUGACUCAUCCAGAAGAGAGUGAUGCAGAAGAGGCUCUAGCCGGGUUGCACAGCGAGGGUUUGAGGGUUGGGGAGGCAACCCAGGAGGCACAAAGCGAGGCAGAUGCUGCCGGUAUCGCAGAAAGCGAGGCAGAUGCUGCCAGUAUCGCAGGGGCUGACAGGGAGGUAGCGGCUGGGAGACAGGUGGCGGUUGAUGCAGAGGCGGCGAUGGGUGGAGAUGCAGUGGCAGCGAUUGGUGGAAAAGCAGUGGCAGGGGGGGUCUAUCAAGCAGAGGGGUGGGUGGCGUGGAAGAGGCUGGAGAUUCAGUGGUGUCGACACAGGAAGAGAGUGGGGAGUAUGACGCCGCCGCUGCCGCUGCUGCUGAUGAUGAUGAGGCGACUGCAGGCGUUGAGGUGUCUCAGCAGGAGGAGGCUUCUGCUGGAGUUGAAAGCAGUCACCGCAGACAAAGCAGAAGCGGUUACCAGUGCAAGCAGUGACCUGUGCAUUGCAGCGCCACUUGAGCCUGUGGCGUCAGGAGUCCCACCUGUCUCGAGUCCUGUCUCGCUGGCAAGCGCCCCUGCUGUCUCAGCCACCCCUGCUAUCUCAACAGUCCCUGCUGCUGUCAUUGCUCCCUCUGCUCCCUCUGUUGCUUCUCGCCCUGCCAAUUCCUGGAUCCGCCCAGCGCACCCUUCUUCGCACUCCGGCUCUGAUUCCGACUCUGACUGGUCCGACUCCGAACCUGCGCCCAAGCCUGUGCCGAUCCGAUCCUGGAGAGCAGUAGCUGUGGGACGGCUGCGAAGUGACUUCCUCAACCGCUUCCAACAGCAGCAGCAGCAGCAGCAGCAGCAGCAGCAGCAGCAGCAGCAGCAGGAAGUGGAGCAACCCUCUGUGGCUCCUCUUACAUCUCCCCAACAGCAACAGCAACAGCAGCCCUCUGAGCCUCCUGCUAUGCUUUUUGAGAAUUCUCAAGAGCAGCAGCAGGUUUCUGCAACUUCCCCUCGCUUCUCACAAGAAACACUACAAAUAGCCACUGCUGACUCAGCUGUUGAUGUGGAAUUUGCUGGUGACGUGGAACAAGCUGCUGAUGUGGAGCAUGCAGCUGAGGGUAAAGCAGAAUUAGCUGCUGAUGGGCAUGAUGAUGUGUUUGCCGAUGGGGACGGGCCUGCACUUGUGGAAUCUGCUGCUGACGUGGCGUCUCCUGCUGAUGUGGAUGCGAGGCCAUCUUCUCCAGAAGGGUCAACCAUCGGCAUGCAAGAUGCUGUUGAUGUGGCAUCUGAUGUGGCAUCUGAUGUGGCAUCUGAUGUGGCUUCUGAUGUGGCUUCUGAUGCCGCAAUCGCUGUGGCGUCUGGUGUGGCUGCUGAUGUGGCAUCUGAUGUGGCUGCUGAUGAAGCUCUGUGUGGGCCUGGAGGGGCUAGUUUGCUGCUGGCGAGUGGGGUGGUCGAACCCUUACUGGCGACGAAAAGGCGGGCAGAAGAGGUGGAAUCAGAAGGAACAGAAAGAGAAAGAAGAAGUGAGGCGGAAGGAGAGAAUGCGGUGGGAGCAGAAGAAUCAGAAAGACGUGAAUUCGAAAGAGAAAGCAAGGUGGAAGGAGAGAGGGAGGCGGAAGGGGAGAGUGGUAUGGAAGCAGAAGUGGUGGAGGCAGGAGAGGUGGAAGCAGGGAGUGACGUGGAAGCAGGGAGUGACGUGGAAGCAGGGAGUGACGUGGAAGCAGAGAGUGACGUGAAAGCAGGGAGUGACGUGGAAGCAGAGAGUGACGUGGAAGCAGUGAGUGACGCGGAAGCAGAGAGUGACGUGGAAGCAGAGAGUGACGUGGAGGCAGAGAGUGACGUGGGAGCAGGGAGUGACGUGGAAGCAGAGAGUGACGUGGGAGCAGGGAGUGACGUGGAAGCAGCGAGUGACGUGGAAGCAGAGAGUGACUUGGGAGCAGGGAGUGGCGUUGAAGACAAGCAGCCAGUCUCAGUCCCAGCAGGUGAAGCCGCAGCGGCACCAGCCCCAUCAGCACCUAACUCCGAAUCUGACUCUGCAGCCGAAGCCGAGGGGGUGGAGCAAGAGGGGAAGGCAAGCGGCGUGCCUUGGAUGCGACAGGUGAAUCCGCAGCGGCGACACCAGCCCCAUCAGCGCCUAACUCCGAAUCUGACUCUGCAGGUGGGGGAAGCUGUUGCUGCUGAUGGUGCCGAUGCUGAGUCAGAUGACGAAAUGGCCAACGCUGACGUGGGUGCAGCUGUUGGUGCUGAUGUGGCUGUUGGUGCUGAUGUGGCUGCCGUUGAUGCCGCCACUGGUGUGGGUGCAGCUGUUGAUGCACUUGCUAAUGCUGAUGCGAUUGCGUUCGUUGACGCGGCUGCAGAGGUUGCGUCAAAAGCUUCAUCUGAUUCACCUACAAUACUACCUGAUUCACCUGCUGUGCCUCAUUCACACGAUGUGCCUCAUUCACCUGCUGUGCCUCAUUCACCUACUGUGGCUGAAGUUGUUGCUCUGCUUGAUUCACCUCCGGUGCCCCAUGCGCCUGCUGGGGCGGAACCACCUGCUUCUCCCCCUGCGUCUGACACGCAGUCAGUGGCUCCAAUCGAGAGGGAGGAGGAGGAGAGGGAGAGGGAGGAGGAAGAAAAGGAGAGCGAUGAGGAAAGGGAGGAGGAGAGGGAGGAAGAGAGGAAGAAGGAGCGGGAGGAGCUGGAGCAGAACGAAGAUAGGAUUUCGCCUGCUUCCCCUGCUGUUGCUGAAGCACCUUCUCUCAGCCCCGACUUCGCCCCUGCCUCUGACUCGCAGUCAGUGGCUUCGAGUGAAAGGGAGGAGGAGGAAGAGGAGAGGGAGGAGGAGGAAGAAGGGAGUGAGGAGGAGGAAGAGGAGAGGGAGGAGGAGAGGGAGGAGAAAGAGGAGCGGGAUGAGGAGAGGGGGGAGGAGAAGGGAGAUGAGAUAUCGCCUGAUUCCCCUGCUGUUGCUGAAGCACCUCCUCUCAGGCCCGCCUCCGCCCCUGCCUCUGACGCACAAUCCGUGGCUCCAAGUGAAAGGGAGAGGGAGGAGGAGAGGGAGGAGGAGAGGGAGGGGCUGGAGCGGAAGGGAGAUGAGAUGUCACCAGCUUCCACUGCUGUUGCUGAAGCUCCUUCUCUCAGCCCCGCCUCCGCCCCUGUCUCUGACUCGCAGUCAGUGGCUUUGAGUGAAAGGGAGGAGGAGGAAGAGGAGAGGCAGGGAGAAGAAGAGGAGAGGGAGGAGGAAGAAGAGGAGAGGGAAGAAGAAAGAGAGAGGGUGGAGCAGAAGGAAGACGCGAUCUCGCCUGCUGUUGCUGAAGCGUCUGCUCUCAGCCCCGCCCCUGCGUCUGACACACAGCCAGUGGCUCCAUGUGAGAGGGAGGAGGAGGAAGAGGAGAGGGAGGAUGAGGAGAGGGAGGAGGAGAGGGAGAGGGAGGAGGAGAGGGAGAGGGAGGAGGAGAGGGAGAGGGAGGAGGAGAGGGAGAGGGAGGAGGAGAGGGAGAGGGAGGAGGAGAGGGAGAGGCUGGGGCAGAAGGGCGAUGAGAUAUCGCCUGAGUCCACUGCUGUUGCUGAAUCUGCUUCUCCCAGACCUGCCUCCCCCCCUGCCCCUGACAAACAGUCUGUGGCUCGGAGUGAGAGGGAGGAGGAAGAAGAGGAGAGGGAGGAGGAGAUGGAGGAGGAGAUGGAGGAGGAGAGGGAGGAGGAGAAGGAGAGGCUGGAACAGAAGGAAGAUGCAAUCUCGCCUGACUCCCCUGCUGUUGCAAAAGAGCCUCAUCUCAGCCCCGCCUCCUCCCUUGUGUCUGACGCGCAGUCAGUGGGUCGAAGUGAGAGUGAGGAGGAGGAAGAGGGGAGGGAGGAGAAGGAAGAGGAGAGGGAAGAGGAGAGGGAGCAUGAGAGGGUGGAGGAGAGGGAGAGGCUGGAGCAGAAGGAAGAUGCAAUCUCGCCUGACUCCCCUGCUGCUGCUGAAGCGCCUUCUCUCAGCCCCGCCUUCGCCCCUGCAUCUGAUGUACUGCUGGUGGCUCCAGGUGCGAGGGAGGAGGAAGAGGGGAGGGAGGAGGAAGGGGAGAGGGAGGAGGAGAAGGAGGAGAGGGGGGAGGAAAGGGAGAGGGAGGAGGAGAAGGAGGAGGAGGAGCCGAAGGAGGAGAGUGGGGGAUUGACGGAGAAAACCGUGGGAGAGGAAAGAGGUUUGGAGGGAGAGGAUGUGGAGGCAGAGAGGGUGAAGGACGAGAGUGUGGAGGGAGAGAGUGUGGAGAGAGAGAGUGUGGAGAAAGCGAAUGUGGAGCUUGAGAAUACUGGGGCUGGAGCAGUGGCAGUGGAUGCUAGCAGCGCUGGUGGCGAGUGGAUAGUCAAGGCUGUCUCAGUGGCAGUGCAGGCAACAGAGGGAGGAGAGCUUGGUGGCGAGCAGAUAUUUGAUGCCGCAGAGGUGGAAGGAGGAGAGGCAGUGGACGGAGAAGCAAAAGUGGAAGAAAGAGCGGCGGAGGAAAAAGCAGCAGUGGAGGAGAAAGCAGCAGUGGCGGCAGAAGAAGCAGCAAUGGGGGAGGGGCAAGCAGCAAUGCGGGAGGGGCAAGCAGCAGCAGCAGUUGAUACAACAGCCCCCUUGGACACCAUUCCCUCUCGCCCUGCCAAUUCCUGGAUCCGCCCAGCGCAGCCUUCUUCCCACUCCGGCUCUGAUUCCGACUCUGACUGGUCCGACUCCGAACCUGCACCCAAGCCUGUGCCCAUCCGAGCCUGGAGAGCAGGUACGGUAUUGGCAGUAGCUGCUGCUACUCCUGCCACCUCUCCUCCCCCCCCAGCAGCUGUGGGGCGGCUGCAAAGUGACUUCCUCAACCGCUUCCAGCAGCAGCAGCAGCAGCAGCAGCAGCAGCAGCAGCAGCAGCAGCAACAUGCUGUGCAAGCCAGUCCUGACGCCUCAUUUGUGCAAGCAGCUGGGGGCGCUGGGGGGGCAGUGGGGGAUGGCAAGGCAGAGGGGGCGAUGGAAGCGGAUCUGACAAUAAUGGAGGUGAAGGGAGAGGGUGUGACAAUAAUGAAGGUGAAGGAAGGGGGCUUACCUAUGGUAGGGCAUGAGGAGAAGUCGCUGACAACUACAGAGGCUGAGGAAGAGAGAGAGGAGGAGGCUAAGGAGGAGAUGGAGGAAGGGUAUAAGGAAGAGAGGGGAGAAGGGGAUGAGGAAGAGAGAGAGGAGGAGGCUAAGGAGGAGAUGGAGGAAGGGUAUAAGGAAGAGAGGGGAGAAGGGGAUGAGGAAGAGAGAGAGGAAGAGGCUAAGGAGGAGAUGGAGGAAGGAGAGGAAGAGGCUAAGGAGGAGAUGGAGGAAGGGUAUAAGGAAGAGAGGGGAGAAGGGGAUGAGGAAGAGAGGGAGGAAGACGUAAAGGAGGAAAGAGGAGAAGAGGCUAAGGUCGAGAGAGAGGAAAGGGCUCGGGAGGAGAGGGAGGUAGAGGCUAAGGUGGAGCGGGAGGAAGAGGCUAAGGCGGAGAGAGAGGAAGAGGCUAAGGCGGAGAGAGAGGACGAGGCUAAGGCGGAGAGAGAGGAAGAGGCUAAGGCGGAGAGAGAGGAAGAGGCUAAGGCGGAGAGAGAGGAAGAGGCUAAGGCGGAGAGAGAGGAAGAGGCUAAGGCGGAGAGAGAGGAAGAGGCUAAGGUGGAGAGAGAGGAAGAGGCUAAGGCGGAGAGGGAGGAAGAGGCUAAGGAGGAGAGAGCGGAAGAAGAGGCUCAGGGCGAUGCUGUCGUGGCUGCCUCUUCCCCUCCCCCACUCUCCGCCCCUCACCCUCCCACCCUCCUCCCGUCAGCACAGCUACCCACACCUGCUGCCACCAUCGAGCCUUCCUCUUCUUCUCCCCUCACCGCGCCUGCUGUCACUAUCAAGCCACGCGCCCCAGACUCUUGGAUGAGGCAAAAGAACCGCUCUCCCUCCGACUCAGGCUCGGACUCUGACUGGUCUGACUCCGAACCUGCACCCAAGCCUGUGCCCAUCCGAGCCUGGAGAGCAGGCACGGGGAGUGCUGUAGCGGCAGUAGCAGCAGUGCCUGCCGCUGCCUCCCCUCCCCCACCAGCAGCUGUGGGGCGGCUGCAAAGUGACUUCCUCAACCGCUUCCAACAGCAGCAGCAGCAGGCCCCUGCGACUUCUCCUGGACAACUGUCGACUGCUACUGGUGCUGCUGAUUCUGAUAGUUCUUCUGUUGCCACCACUACUUCGAAGGGCGGUGUUUCUGGUGGUUCCGGUGAUGUGGUGGGAGCAGCGACGCCAGCAGCAGAGACAGGCGCAGCAGGAGAGGUUGGGGAAAAGAGUGGAACGGAAGGUGAAGCAGCAAGAUCAGAUAACAGCCAAGCAGAGGGCAGUGAGAGUGUUGGUGGAAGGGCGAGUCUCGCAGGGCUGCAAGCAGAGACGACUCCAGAGGCACACAGAGAGAAAGAGGCAGAGGCAGGGGAGGAUGGAGAGGCGGCAGGCGGUGAGGCAGUGGGACAGGCGGCAGCAGUAGAGGUAGUGGAAGAGGGGGUGGCGGAUGCACCCAGCCCUGCAGCAGAUGCACCUACUCCUGCAGCCGAGGAGCCAUCACCUACCACACCCAUUGCAGCACCAGAGGCCGCCUUUGCUGCUCCUUCCAUCACCUCCCCUCAACCCCUCUCCUCCCCUCAACCUUCCACUCCUCUCCUCGCCACGCCUGCCAUCACCAUUAAGCCACGCGCUGCAGACUCGUGGAUGAGGCGGCCCAACCAGGCCAAGUCCGACUCAGGGUCGGAUUCCGACUGGUCUGACUCCGAACCUGCACCCAAGCCUGUGCCGAUCCGAUCCUGGAGAGCAGGUGUGGCGAGUUCAGCAGCAGUGCCAGCAGCAGCAGCCCCAGAGCCUUCCGCCUCGCCUACCCAAACAGCAGCCGUGGGGCGGCUGCGAAGUGACUUCCUCAACCGCUUCCAACAGCAGCAGCAGCAGCAGCAGCAGCAGCAGCAGCAGCAGCAGCAGCAGCAGCAGCAGCAGCAGCAGGCCUCCCUGCCUCCUCUUAAAUCUCCACAACAGCAGCAGCAGCAGCAGCAGCAGCAGCAGUUUUCUGUGUCUCCUCGUGUGCAACCUCACAGCCCCGAGGUUGCUGCUUCAGUUGGUGCUGCUGCUGCUGCGGAUGAUGUUGCUUCCACUGCCACCGCUGGCGGUGCUGCCCCUGCUGCUGCAGCUGAGAGCGCCGUUUCUGUCGGUUCUACCACAGUGGCAACCGAUAGCGCCUUUACAGCUCCUGCUGCUGGUGCAGCAGCCGCUGUGGUUGUAGCCGCAGCUGCUGCUGUACCUGGUGUUAUGCAGGGGAAGGAACUGGGAGGCUUGGGACGUGGAGAGGGCGUUGUAAGCACGGGAGAAGGGGGAGAGGGUGGAGAGGGUGGCCCAGAAGACGACGAAGCGGGUGGAGUGAGCAUUGGUAAAAGGGGGCCAGUGACAGUGGGAGUGGAAGAGGCUGUGGCCGGGGGAGCAGAGACAGCUGCAGAGGAGGGCAGCACGUCAGCAGCCGAGUUGGCAGCAGAGGGAAGUGGGGAGGUGGAGAACGGUUCAGAGGCAGCAAUGGUGGUGGUUGGGCCUGACGAAGAGAAGACAGGGGAGUUGGUGGGAGAGGGAAGGGCGCAGGCGGAUGGGGGUGCGGAGGAGGAGGGUGUAGAGGAGGGGGGGAAGCAGUGGGAGGACCAGCAGGAGUGGGAGGAGGGGGGGGAGCAGACUUGGGAGGAGGAACAGGGCGAAGAAGAAGGGGAGGAAGGAAAAGAAGACAAAGAAGAGGAAGAAGCAGAAGAAGCGAAAGAGGAAGAGGGAAGUGCUACAGAGGGCAAAGAGGAGUCUGAGGCAGAGGAGGAGGAUGCAGAGGGAGAGGAGGAAGAAGGGAGUGAGGGAGGAGAGGCGAGUGAAGCGGGGUCCUCCGAGGAAGUGACUGUGGAAGUGACAGAGGAGUAUGAGGAAGUUACGGUUGAAGCAACAGAGGAGUAUGAGGAAGUCACUGUAGAAGUUACAGAGGAAUACGAAGAGGUAACCGCAGAGGUGACCGAGGAAUAUGAAGAAGUUACAGUAGAGGUUACAGAAGAGGUGACAGAGGAAUAUGAGGAAGUUACUGUGGAGGUUACAGAAGAGGUGACAGAGGAAUAUGAGGAAGUUACAGUGGAGGUUACAGAAGAGGUGACCGAGGAAUAUGAGGAGGUGACUGUGGAGGUUACAGAGGAGUACACUGAAGAGGAAGUUACUGUAGAGGUUACAGAGGAAGUUACUGACGAGGAUGAAACUGAGGAGGCCGCAGAGGAGGCGACAGAAGCAACUGGUGGAAAAGAGGCAGAAAGCAACGAGGGACAAGAGGGGGAGCAAGAGGAAGAAGAUGGGCAGCAGGAGGAGGAACACGAGGAGGAGUAUGAAGAAUACGAGGAGCAGGAAGAGGAAGAGGAAGUGGAGGAGCAGGAGGAUGAGGAAGAGGAGGAAAGCGAAAAAGAGAGCACGAGCAGCAGCCCCAGCAGCACCGGAAGCAGCCCGAAGAAGAAGGCUGAAGAGAAGCAGGAGGAGGAGGAUGACGAGGAAACAAAGCUAAGGAGGCAGGAGCAGGAGGAGCGCAACGCGGAGGAGCAGCGUAAGCUGCGGCUGCGCGUGGCCAGCAUGAAGCGCUUCAACGUGGUGCUCGGGGAGCUGCGCCUGCGCCAAGGCAUCCGCGGGGAGGGGGAGGAAGACGGCGGUGGGGAGGGAGCGGGGGAUGACGGGAAGGGGGCAGGGGCCUCUGGUGGUGCUGGUGGUGGUGGCGGUGCUGCAGUGGUGCAUGCGGGGGUGGCGGCAGCAGCAGUGGCGCCUGUUGCGCUGCCUGCCAUGGCUGUUGCUGGUCGACCCAACCCACACAGUCCAGGAAAGCGAUCCCGCCUGCUGUCGAUGGUGGCGGCACAGGGCCUGCACGUCCCUGCCAGCGCGGUGACCAAGGAAAUCAUGGGGCUCACUGGGAGUGCGGCCAAGGGGGGCGCUGGGAGUGUGAUGAAGGAAAGAAAACGUCCGGCUUUGCUGGAUGACAGCAGUGAGGAGGAGGAAGACGAGGAAGAGGAGGAAGUAGAGGAGGAGGAAGAGGAGGAUGCUAAUGAUGAAGAGGAGGAGGAGGGGGAUGAUGAGGGUGAAGGUGAGGGUGAGGGUGAGAGUGGAGAAGAGGAAGAGGAGGAAGCAGAAGAAGAGAGGGAGGAGGAAGAACAUGAGGAGGUGGAGGAGGAAGAGGAAGAGGAGGAGGAGGAGGAGGAGGUGGCAGAAGAGGAAGAAGAGGAAGAGCAAGACGGAGUGGAGAACAAUGAAAAUGAGGAGAGAGAGGGGAAUGAGGAGGAGAGUGAGGGGAAUGAGGAGGAGGAGCAGGACCUAGAGCGCGAGGCAGGGUGCACAGAUUCGGAGGCUGGGGAACACGAGGAAGAGUACUUGGGCGUUGACGCUUGGAGCACAGAGGACGUGGGGGAGAAUCAAACCGAGCAGGAGGAGGAGCAGCAUCCAGAGCACGAGGCAGGGUGCACAGACACAGAGGCUGGGGAGCAUGAGGGAGAGUACUCGGGCGCUGACGCUUGGGAGAUGGAGGACGGGGAGAUUCAACCUGAGGAGGAGCAAGAGGGCUUGGAACCGGGCAGCAGCAAUUCGCGGGACAAUGUAGGUGCAGAGGAGGGGGGUGUGGAAAUGGAUGAGCUGGGGAGUACCGGGGAGGAGCAAGAGGGUUUGCGGGUGAGUGGUGACGAUUCGAAGCACGGCCUAGGAGCGGAGGAGGAGGAGUAUGUGGAAGUGGUUCAGCUAGGGAGUCCUGGCGGGGAGCACGGGGAGGAGGAUGUGGAGAUGGUUAGGCUUGGGAGUGCUGGAGAGGAGGCAGGGGGUGCUGACGAGGCGGAUGAGGAUGCAGGGGCAGAAGCACAUGAGGACGAGAGAACAGCACACACAGACGUGCAGGAUGGCAGCAGCAGCAGCAGCAGCAGUGAACCCAGUAAUAGAGUUCCGUCCAUGGCUGCUGCUGUGAGUGAUGCUUCCGCCCUUGGUACUUCCUCUGCUCACACAGGCAGAGAAGAGGUCAACACUAGCUCAGGAACAUGGGAGGAGAGUAGCAGUGGGUCUGGCGGCAGGGUCCGGUCCCUGGCUGCUGCUGUGAGUGCUGGUGGUCUGGGCAACACUGACUGUAGCGACAGCAUUGGCAACAGCAGCGGCAGCAGCGAUGCCAGCACGGGGAGUGGAGCAAGGGAGGGAGGCACCAGUGAGGGUGGCAGCAGGGUGCGGUCCCUGGCUGCUGCUGUGGCUGCCGGCGCACUCAGCAACGCCGACAGUGGCAACAGCAACGGCAGCACCAGCAGCGACAGCAAUGCGAGCAUGGGGAGUGGGGCAAGGGAGGAGACCACCAGUGAGGGUGGCAGCAGGGUGCGGUCCCUGGCUGCAGCUGUAGCUGCUGGUGCAAUCAGCAGUAGCAGCAACAGCAGCAGUGGUGGUGGUGAGAGUGGAGGGAAGGAGGGAGGUGAGGAAGAGCUGAGCGUUUCCCAAGGGCGGGUGCGUUCGCUGGCUGCUGCUGUUGCUGCAGCUGCUGUCGCUUCUGCUGCUGCUCCUCCUGCUGCCCCUCCUCUGGCGACCAGCAGCAGUGCAGCUGGUUCUUCGGCCACUGCUGCUGCUGCUGCAGCCACUCCAGCAACUUCAUCUUCCCUUUCCAGCUCCGAGCCUACCACACCCUCCAGCACAGUUGACAGCACGCCUGCCAAGGACCCCUCAUUGGCUGACAGCACCGGUGUUACCGGCAGGGUAUCUGCCAGAGACCCCUCACUGGCUGUGUCCGAGGGGCGUGUGAAGGCCCUUGCUGCUGCUGUUGUAACGUCUUCUUCUGCUGCUGAACCCACCAGCCCAGUCUUCAAGGAGGCGACUCUUGAAGUUGGUGAGGGUCGGGUGAAGGCUCUUGCUGCUGUGGUGGCAUCUGGUGGUGUUGCUACCACUGCUGAUACUGACGCUGACUCCAACGGGGCUGCUUCAAGGGACCCCUCCCUCCAAGCGGCUGAGGGGCGGGUGAAGGCUCUGGCUGCUGCUGUUCUCACGUCGUCUUCUGCUGAUGACAUCACCGGUGCACCCUCCAAGGAGACGACUGUGGAUGUUGCUGAGGGGCGGGUGAAGGCUCUUGCUGCGUCCGUGGCUGCUGCUAGUGUGGACACCACUGCUGACACCGACAGUGCGGCUUCAAAGGAUCCCUCUCUCCAAGCGGCAGAGGGGCAUGUGAAGGCCCUUGCUGCCUCUGUUGCUGCUAGUGUUGACACCACUGCUGACACCGACAGUGCGGCUUCAAAGGACCCCUCUCCCCAAGCGGCAGAGGGGCGUGUGAGGGCUCUUGCUGCUGUGGUGGCAUCUGCGGGAGCUGACUCCACCGGUGCACCCCCUAAAGAGACAGACGCUCUGGAUAUUGUCCAAGGGCGUGUGAAGGCCCUUGCUGCCUCUGUUGCUGCUGUGGGAGACACGACUGCUGAAACUAACCGUGCUGCUUCAAAGGACCCCCCUCUCCAGGCGGCUGAGGGGCGUGUGAGAGCUCUGGCUGCAACUGUUGCUGCUGCUGGUAUUGACACCGCUCCUGACACCGAAAGCGCUGCCUCAUGGGACCCCUCUCUGCAAACAGCUGAGGGGCGUGUGAAGGCUCUGGCUGCUGCAGUUCUCACGUCUUCUGCCACUGUUGGCACCACCAGUGCGCCUUCCGAAGAUGCUCUGCUUGAAGUAGCAGAGGGGCGUGUGAAGGCUCUUGCAGCGGCUGUUCUCACGCCUUCUGCUGCUGACAAUACCACCAGCACACUUUCCAAGGAAGCUGCAUCUCUAGAAGUUGCCGAGGGCCGUGUCAAGGCACUUGCUGCCUCUGUUGCUGCUGCUUCUGCUGUGGACACCACCCCUGACACCGAUAGUGCAGCUUCAAAGGACCCCUCGCUAGACGUUGCCGAGGGGCGUGUCAGGGCGCUGGCUGCUGCUGCUGCUGCUGUGGCCUCUGCUGCAGCUGAUUCCAGCACAAGCACUAACAGCACUGCUUGGGACGACUCCUCUCUGGAAGCCAUUGAGGGGCGUGUGAAGACCCUGGCUUCUGCGGCCUUGGCCUCUGCUGCAGCUGAUUCCAGCACAAGCACUAACAGCACUGUGACGACCCUGGCUGCUGCUGUACCUUGUGCCAUAGCCUCUGCUCCCCCUCAUCCUCCUCCUUCCGCCUCCCACUCCUCUCUCCCCACAAACCACUCUGACUCUUCACUUCAGGACAAGGACACCUAUGCCCACUCCACUGCUGCUAGAUUCCACCACGUCCCUAACAGCCCGACCCAGGCUAACAGUGACAAGAAGAGCAGCCAGCAGCAGCAGCAGCAUCUGCAGUAUCCCACUUCCUCCUCCCACCUCAUCCCCCGACCCUACUCCCCCUCGCCCCACCCUAUCCCUCGCUCCCCUUCCGCCCACCUCCCCUGCUACACCCGCGCCCCCUCCUCCCACCUCGUCAGCCCCAUUCGUCCACGUGGUAGCUUCAGCCCGAGCGGCUUCCGAGCCUUAGACUCGGCAGCUGCUGCAGCAGCAGCACUGGCAGGGGUCUCCCCCCACCGCCGCCUCCCCUCUCCUAACCUCCCUCGUAAUUCCACCUCUCCCCAUCCUUAUGCUGGUCCUUCGCCAAUGGGUAGGGGCCUGUCUCGGGAGAGGUUCGGGCUGCCGCCCAGGUUCGGCAGCAUCGCGAGGUUCGGCGGCGGUGCGAGGGACCCGAGGUUCGGUGAGUUUCGUGAUUCAUCGAGGGAUUUGGAUUUCCGGGAAGGGGCGGGGAGGAGGGGGGCUGGAUUGGGGGAGGGGGGAGGGGGUGGAGGGGUGGGGAUAGGGGAAUCGGGGGGUGCGGGUUUGGGGAGUGGGGGAGGGAGUGGGGGGUACAGCAAAUCACAGUCGUUGGAUCGACAGAUGGUAGUGCGAUCUCCUGGGGCGAUGGUAGGAGGUGGGGUGGGGGUUUGGAGCAAGACAGUACCUGCAGGGUCUACAGUUGGCCCUGCCUUGGAGGAAGAUGGGGGUGGUGGUGGAGAGACAGGGGAGGGAAAAGAAGGUGAGAGGGAGGAGGAAGGGAGAGGAGGAGAAGAUGAGGAGAAUGAGGAGGAGAAUGAGGAGGAGGAGGCGGAAGAUGGAGAGGCAGAAGUGGAAACAGCUGAUGGCAUGCAAGAGAACAUGAGAGAGCUGGAGAGACGCAUGCAAGCAGAGGAGACGACAGCCGCCGCCCACUCGUUCCUGGCCCCUGUGGCAUCAAGCGAGGGAAAUGGCAGCAGCAAGACUUGGAAGGACAUCCUCCUCUCUGUGAAAGCGGCCUCUCAGCCAGGGGCACCUGUUCCCGGCUCGGAGCUCCCAGCAGCUUCAGGCUCAGUCGGGAUAGUCGGGGCGCAGAGAGGACACGGGCCCACAGAUGCAGGGAAGCAAGAAGGUGCAGGUGCUGCUGCUCUGGCGGCUGUAGCGGCCCGGGUUGUAGCGGGAAUGCAUGGGAGCAGGGAGGAGGGAGUGGGUGGUGCUGCUGGGAAGGCAGUGGGGGCGAUUGGAGCGGGUCCUGCGGAGGGCUGCAGGCCGGAGGGGUGGAAGAGAGCAAGAAGUGUUGCGACUGGGGCGGUGGCCACUGGUUGGAGUGGGAGUGUGCAGGAGCAAUGGGGCGUGGGAGAGAGAAGGGUGGACAGGCAUGUUGCAGAUGUGCCGGAGGGGGGAGGGCAGGGGAACGAGGAGGGGCAGUGUGUGAAUGGAUCGGCAGCAACAGGGGAAGAUGGAGGAGUGAUGAAGGCUGGUGCUGUGGAUGGUGCAGUAGGGAGCGAGGAAGCCAGGGGUGGAGUGGCGUUCGGCAGCAGUGCAGCAGUGGUGGAAGGCGGUGGGGAGGAGUGGGGGGGCCAAAGUCCGAUGAGGGAGUUGCUGGGAGCAUUGGAGUCGCCCACCAGAUGGGCUCACCUGUGCGCGAAGAUGGACUGCCAGCGACAGCUGUAUGAAGCGCAAGACGAUUCAAGAGCCACCCAGCUCUCAGAGAUGCCGGACGAAUUCAUCAUCCAGAUCCUCUCUCAUCUCACCGACCCUCUCGACUGGGCGGCAUGCCUCGUCCUAUCCAGGCGCUUCGCCGCCCUCUCCUGCCUUGCCCUGCAAACCCUCUACCUCCUCCCGAACCGCCUGCUCCCCAAGCCUCUGCUGGCUCGGUACCUAGCCUGUUAUCCGAACCUGGCUGCCCUGUACCUGCCUUGGAACAGCCUGGAGGUGGAAGGGGAUGAUGUUUUCGAGAUGAUUGUGCGAUUGGGGCUGGAGCUACAGGCGCUGCACAUUGAUGUGUUCCCUGGGUACAAUGAGCGCACCUACGCAAGAACCCCAGCAGGACUGAGCACCCUCUUCACCUCGCUCCCCUCCCUCCGCUCUCUCUCUCUUUGCACCGGCCGUUUCGUCCGCACCCUUCCCACCUCCAUCUCCCGCCUUUGGCGCUUAGAGGAGCUGCUUAUAAUGAACCAGUCUUCGAAGCUUGGUUUGCGGUCUCUUCCACCUGCCCUCGGUCAGCUUUCGAAUCUUCGCCGCCUGGUGCUCGACUCCUGCCUGCAGCUCGCUACGCUGCCCGAAGAAAUCGGGCAGCUGACAGGGUUGGAGGAGCUGGAGCUUCUGAGCCUGGAUUGCCUGCGCCAUCUGCCCGAAUCCAUCGGGCAGCUUCAGCGCCUGAAAUGGUUCAAGAUGUGCUGGUGCAUGUCCGUCCGGAGUCUGCCAGAGAGCAUCGGGCAGCUGAAAGAAUUGGAGGAGAUUGUGAUCAACAUGGCAGCAAGUGCAACUUGGCUGGGCACCCUGAAAGAGCUUCCGCAAUCUUUCGGUCAGCUCUACUCCCUGCGCUUCCUGAAGAUUGUUGGCUGCCCGUUGAUGCUGGAUCUGCCGGAAUCCUUUGGGCAGCUCUAUCAAUUGGAAGAAUUUGUUUUCGACAACAAGGGAUUUUCAGAAGAGUCCGAAGCAUGCGGACUUUUGUCCCUGCCCGACUCCUUCGAGCAGCUGACAAGUUUGGUGCGACUGGAGCUGCGCAACUGCUUCGCCCUCACCUCUCUGCCCGAAUCUCUCGGGCAGCUCCCGUACCUCUACUCGCUCAAACUCAUCGGCUGCUAUUCCCUCUCCGCGCUGCCCGAAUCUCUGGGCAGCUCGGGCAGCCUUCAACUUCUUCUUGUGGAUAACAAAGUGGACGAUGAUGAGGAGGAGGAGGAGGAGGAUGGGGAUGGGGAUGAUGAUGGGAGCAGUAUUGUCAGCCAUUCAACCGCCAUGGACAUGGGCAUGGGAAUGAGUAUGAACGGCACCGAUGGCACCACAGCCAGCGACGACGGCGGAAGCAACGGCCGAAACGGCGAUGCGGACGAUGAAGAGGAUGACGACGAUGAUGAUGACGAUGGGCCGAGUGGGCUACUCUCCCUGCCAUCCUCCAUGGGUGCCAUGUGCAACCUCCGCCAGCUCGUCCUGCGAGCCAACGUCUCGCUCGUCUCCCUCCCGCCCUCCCUCUUCUCCCUCCACCUCCUAGAAAGCCUCGUCCUGGACUUCACUGAAACCAGGACCCAGUUCUCCGACCACUCUCUCGGGCCGCCCAGCCCCCUCGGCUCCAAAUCAGCAUCUCUUGCCUCCCUCUCUAGCCUGCCUGCGAGCAGCAGCAUGACUGGCAUGGACACAGGCAGUGGUGCUGAUGGAGGUCUCGGUUUCAAUACCUCCAUGACACUGAUUCUGCCUGCUGAUAUGCCGGCCAAGCCGGCUAAGCCAGCCAAGCCUGCGGGGAUUGCUGAGCUUCCGGAGGCUAUUGCCCAGCUGGUAAAUCUUAGGCGGUUGGACCUGAUUGGCUGCUCAAACCUUUCCGAGCUGCCCGAGUCCUUGGGCAGCCUUCAGUUUCUGCAGAGGCUGGUGGUCGCAUUCUGCCCAGCCAUUCAGUCCCUCCCAUCUGGCAUCGGGCAGCUGAAAUACCUCCAGACGUUCGUCGUUCAGAACUGCCCGAGCCUUUGCCACCUGCCCGACUCGCUGACAGCAUUGGCCGGGCUGCCCGAGCUGUGCAUCGAUGAGAAGUCGGUGGGUGUGAAGAUUCCCGACCAUCUCUUGAGGCUGCCUGGAUUCCGCCGGGACAGCUGCUUCUUUGAAGACCGGCUAUUCGUUGACUUGAUUGAGUAGAAUGCUAGGCUUGUUUCCUCCUGGCCUCAGUGCUUCCAAAUGUAACACCUAGAAAUACCCACUUACACCACUUAGUGAACUAGUGUAUUCUGUAUCGGCACGCUUUAGCGGAAAGGUUGGCACUGGAUUUCCGGUACUAGAUGGCCUCGAACCCAAGUCGCUACACUGUGAUGACAACCACGUGAA